GACAGUGGUAAACAGACGUCAGAAGGGAGUCUUCGCCUCGAGUCAAAACAAAACAAAACAAAACAAGUGAAAAAGAUACCGAAGGAGUGGAUAUUUGAACGGCUACAACGACAUGGAGUUUUAAAGAAGCUUUCGCUGAGUAAAAAUGACUACUUGGAGAAAGUUUUGAGCGAAAUUUCACGGACUUUUCCACGGAUAGUAAACUCUGGAGUAGCAGGAGCUUAACCAGCUAACGUUACGGUGGCUAUCGUGCUGUUUUCAAAGUGCGAGCAGGGGAAGCAGACAGACCUCCAAGGCGACUUUACUUCGCCUUACACCCGGGAACAUUUUUUGUAGUUUGUUUGGACGGACUGCGGAGAGAGGAUCUGCUGGGAUCCAGGCCUCGACGGGAGGGUUUCAUAAGCGUUUCUUCGAGCAUCGUGUGUGCGGCGGUGGAGAAACAUGGCAGAUGGUGACAUGCGCCUGGCCGAAAUGUGGCGGAUCGUGCAGACCUGAAGCACGGACUUUUCGUGCGCUCAUUUUUGAUCUAUCUCCCAUAUUAACAAGAAUUUAAGAUUAUUCAACCCAUAGCUCAGUCAGCUCACUCACAGAUAUAAACUGGAUUGUUGCUCAUUUAAAGAGGCUUCACCGUGGAGGCCAUAAAGACAGCGGCGAUCAGCGUCUCUGUGUUGUUUUUUUAAAUGUUUUUUUAACCUAAAAUAAGCCGGUUCAGGAAUAAUCGGGGGUGAUAUAUUUUUCAGUUGUCGUUCAUUUCACCGGGAUUGUUUGAGGCUGUUCGGGGGUCAUUUGGGGACAUUUAAAAAAAAGUUUUGGUGGAGGGUUUGCGGCUGGAGGAGAGCCUUCACAUCACGUUGUUUACAAGUGGAGACGGACUGAGAAGCUCCUUUGUAACUGUAGACAGAUAAUCCCCGCUUCAUAGUUUUACAGUUUAAAAUCCAGGUUUGAAUGUGGAUAUUUUUUUUUUAAAUUGUCAGAUUUUUUUUUGAAUUUGAAUUUUAACAUCUCGUUACAUUAAGACAAACAGUUAAAAUUAUUACAUUUUUUUAAAACCAAUGUUUUGUUUGUAAACAAUAUUUAAACCGUGUUUUUUUAUCAAUGGGAAUGGCAUUAUUUUGUAUCUGUCUACCUGGAGGAUUCUGUCAUUUAUUCUCAGGUGUGUUCAAACAUCUGUAGAUCCAGAUGUUGUCGUUCUCAUUGCCACACUGCCACUUUUGUUUUUAUUUCAUUCAAACAAAGAGACUCUCAUCCCAGCCCUCCUUCAUUCUAUAUAAAUCACAAGGUUUAUGAUAGUUACUAUUAAGGAGAUUAUUUGGGUUCCCUAAUCUCCAAUCUGAGGAUUAACCGAGGCCACUGGUGUGUCCAGAUUAUUACGUCUCUUUUCUAGGCCCCUCUGUUUACACCCCCACAGAGGCUGAAGCAUAUUGUUUUUGUCCUGGAAGUGUUUUAACGCAUCAGCCGCUCUAAAUUAGCGUUUAAUUUCAAAGGUAGAUGUUUUGAGUGCUUCAUUUCUUUGCUUGAGUGGAAGUUUAGAGGACCGUCAUGGAGGAGUCGCCUUUGCCCCCGAUUGACCCAGAUUUCGAGCCACAGAGCAGACCCCGUUCCUGCACGUGGCCCCUGCCCAGACCGGACAUCUCGGUUGUCAAACCGGAGGGGGCGGAUGGCGCCGAGUCCGCCGCCGGGACCCCGCCCGCGGACGAGGACAAGCCUGAGCCGCAGCAAAUCAUCUCCGAGCCGGAGAAGGCAGCGGCGGCAGCCGAGGGUGGGGUCGUGGCCGGCGUGGGCGGAGCCGGCGCGACGCCCCGCAAAGGAUCAUCCCGGCGCAACGCGUGGGGGAACCAAAGCUAUGCUGAUCUGAUUAGUCAGGCCAUCGAGAACUCACCUGAGAAGAGGCUGACCCUGGCGCAGAUCUAUGAGUGGAUGGUGAAAACAGUGCCUUACUUCAGAGACAAAGGAGACAGCAACAGCUCGGCUGGCUGGAAGAAUUCAAUUCGCCACAACCUGUCACUCCACAACAAGUUCUUGAGGGUGCACAAUGAGUCGACAGGAAAGAGCUCCUGGUGGAUGCUCAAUCCAGAGGGGGGGAAGACCGGGAAAGCUCCUCGCCGCCGGGCUGCCUCCAUGGACAACAGCAGCAAACUGCUGAAGAGUCGCAUGAGAGCCAAGCAGACCAAGAAGGCUGCAGCAGGUGGUCUGGGGGGCGCUGGAGGGGGUGAGGGGAGCACGGGCUCAGGUGGUGCAGACAGCCCUAAUUCGUCCCAGCAGUUUCCUAAAUGGGCCGUGAGCAGUAGCCCGUCGUCUCGCGGCAGUCUGGAUGACUCUGACAUGUGGACCACCUUUCGCCCGCGUACCAGCUCUAACGCCAGCACUCUAAGCGGACGUCUUUCCCCCAUCGCCCCCGGACAGGAAGAUGACGAUAACCUGCCUGAGGACUCUCUGCUGGGGAGAUACACAGCCAGCAGCCUGACCCCCACCCUCACAGAGACCCUGAUGGAGGAGCUGGAUCUGAUCGAUGGCCUCACCUUGAUGACUGGGCCGCAGGGAGGAGCCAGUCCCAGCACAGCCCCACCAGCACCUCCCACUCCACUGCCCUCUGCUUCCACCCUGCUGCCCCGUGGCUCCAGCUUCUCCUCCUUCCACCAGCUGCAACCAUCCAGCCUUCCGCAGGCCCCCUCCCACUCUGGGACCCCGGCCUCCAUGUCUCAGUGUGGUCCCAGUAAAGAGCCUUCAACCUUCAGCAACUCGCUCUUCAACCCCAUGUCCUCCUCCACCUCUCGUGGGAGCAGCCAUUACAGUCCCCACGUGCCCUCCAGCCUGGAGGCGCUGCUCACCUCUGACUCCCCUCCACCCACUGAUGUCUUGAUGACCCAAGUGGACCCCCUCAUGCCCAAUCCUGGAGGGGUGGGCCUGAUGGGCCUGGGCUCCUCCGUGGUGGGUGUGAGGUCCAAACCUAACCAGCUGCUGAUGAGUAAAAGCCUGGAGCCAAAUACAGUGGCCCCUAUGGCGCUGCAAGCACAGAUGCAGCCGCAGCAGCACCACCUCCACCACCAGCAGCAGCCACAGCACCAGCAGCAGCCACAGCCACAGCAGCACCAGCAUCAUCCUCAGAUGAGCUUGGGAAUGAUCCUCUCAGGUAUGUCUCAGGACCCCUCGCAGCUCUCUGCCCUGAAAGCCCAGCAUGCCGCAGGGCCAUCUGUUGGCUCAAAUCACGGAGCGGCCAUCGCCUCAGCCAAUCCCAGCGUGAGCCUUCAGGGCAUGAGUCAGUUUGGAGCGCCGCCCUGCUUCCAAACCGGUCAGGACCGCUUACCCACAGACUUGGACAUAGACAUGUUUACUGAGAAUCUGGACUGUGACGUGGAGUACAUCAUCAACAGUGACCUCAUGGACGGAGAUGCCAUCGACUUCAACUUUGACCCCAUACUGCCUGGAGGCCAAGGUUACCCUGGCCCGGCCACCACCCAGGGCUCUGCCCAUAGCUGGGUGCCCAGCUAAUCCCUCAGCUGACUGCCCAGUUAGCCAGGAACUAAUCUCCAGUCCAGAUAACCUCACAGAACAACCGAUGCAUUCCUCCUCCCCACUAGCUGAAGAUAACCGUUUUCGAUGACGAUGCUUCUCUCGGACUGUAAAGACAAAACCAGACCUCACCCCGUGUCAUGUGCCAAGACAUGCAGGGACAGGGAGGAGAUUCAGGCGAAUAUGCACACAAUUUCCUCCUUUUUUGUUAAUAAGAAUAACACAACAGUUUGGCUGCUCGCCACCUUUUCUUGAACCUGAACUGAUGACUUUCUAAGACGUGUGACUCAAAGACAAAUCAGAAACUCCCCACUGCUGGGAGCAUUUAUUUCAGUUACGUUACACCUGAAUAGCUUUAGGGUGGAUUUAUGGUACUUGAUGGCUUUGGAAUUGACUACUCAAAGGACGACGCACGUUUAGAAGAGUGACCCGUUUUCCUUCAGAAAAUUGCUGGACCGUGAUCGUCUGUGCGAGAUGCACAGAGAAAUAAUAAGGAGCCAGAAAACUUCGAGGACUGUUUACUGUGUUAUGAGCGGGUGGAAGAUGGAGACUGGAGGUGUAAAGAGUUGGCUACACAUCUCACCUUGUCAUGGACUAUAAUUUUAUGUACGAUUUUAUUCACUCUUGAGAAAGUGAUGCUUUUUUUCUCCAGUUAGGUGAACAGUUAAAGACUGGAUGUUUUUUUGCAGUUUGGCAUUUUUGGUGUUUUGAGGUAGCCGUCAGUUAGAGGGUGUGUGUGUGUGUUUUAAUCCUUGAUGUGCAGUUAACCUAACAAAAUGAAGAAAUGUGAUUUGUGAGAAAUACACAGGGCAUUCAAGGGUUAAUGUUUUUGCCAACAAGUGAUUGGUUGGCCAAGUAUUAUCAUGUCUCAGACAGCAGUAUGCCUCCACUGUUAAAUGCUCCACCUAAUUGUGUUUUUUAAUUUGAAUCAAGCCUGUGCAUUUUCAAAGCACUUAGGUUUCCUGCGACACAGGAACCCCGAACUAAAGCGGAGAAUAAUCCACAUUAGGUUAAACCAUUUCAUGAGAAUAAGAGUUUGAAUCCUGUCAAACAUGUGAUGCACAUGUUGCACAUGACGACACACUAUGCAGACUUAUCAGGAGAACUAAAUGAAAUCUUGAAGGAAAUUUUAAAAAUCACUUCUUGAAGGGUUUGAUAUGAAAUAUUUUCCUGAUAUUUUCUUGUGUGGGGGGUUUUGAGUGCUUCGUAUCCGAAUAUCCUUGCACACUUUAAUUAUUCAGUACUCAGAUAUUCAGCUCAACAACUUAAUUCACUGUGUGACAAGUGCAAAAAAGAAUAUAUUUGAUUAUAGUUUUAAUAUACAACUUAGAUGGAGGUAAUAAAUGAGAUAUUAAUACAUAUGAAUAUAUUACUAAUGACAAGUGAUGUUUUUUUACAUUGGAAGAAGAAUUUUCAGAUAAUUUCUAACGGUAAUUUUCUAUACUUUUAUUUUUGUAAAGGAUGAGAUGCAUGUAGAUUUUUUACAUUACCAAAGGAACACUAAUAUUUGCAUUUGCAUGGCAUUUAGGGAGCGCUUGGGCCUGAUCAGUAUCACAAUGUACAUAAGCUUUGCAAAAAAACCCAGCUGUAACAUCAAAACCUGACUUCUUAAAGAUGAGCAAGGCACCGUGUAUCGAUACUUGACUGUUUAAAGUAAAUUUCCCGAAACCCUGCCUCAUUUUUUCUGCAUUAAUCAUGCAACCAAGUAAAAAAAAAAAGUGCUGAAAUGUGGCAGACAAAAAAGUACUUUUAUCGUAUUCUCAUCUCAGAUCGAGACUUUAACAACCGUUACCUCUCAGGGUCGCUCAGAAAGAAAGUCAACAGGAAACUAAUUCUGCAGAUCUUGUGACAAAAGCUAAAAAAUUAAAUAUUUAUUCCACACUUUUUCUGUUACUGCAGACUGGAAAUCAGAGGCUUUUGUUUUGUUUCCCUGGAGACAUUUCUGCUGAGUUGAUCUUUAAUUUGACUCUCUUUUUAAGAGAAAUGUUUUCUAGCUCUCCAGCGGUCUUGUUCAGUACUAACCUGUCCCUUUUUUUUGACUGCCAAUAUUUAAAACACUAUAGCAUGACGUUUUCUUCUGCAAGAUGGACCUCAUCUUGUCAUCUUACCCCCUUUAAACCAUUGUGUUUGUGUUUAAUUGCUUUGUUCAUAUUUCUUUUUGUGAUCACAGAUAGCAUCCUUGCAGUCAAAACUUUGAAUUCUCAUCAUUUCACUGUAGCAUUUUUAAACAUGCUAGCCCCAGAUUUGUAUAAAGCACUCUCUCUCUUUUUUUCACUGAUGUUUUUUUUCUCUAUUUGAAUGGUGCUAGAUAUCCUGUGUGAUGUAUCCUGGAGUACGCCAACAUGCAAUGUGGGUACAUAUCAGGGCCUUUGAAUAUUCUGUACUCAGCACACGGAUGUUGAUUUGGUUUUGAACGGUGGCACGUAAUCAGAAGUCCUUCCCCCUUUUUUGUUGUCAUGUUUUAACAUAUAUAUAUGCGACCCCUUCUUUAAAACCAAACUGGUGACUUAAAUAGAUCUGGAAACAGACGACCAGUGUGUUUAAACUGCAUGAUUAUUUUCUUAUAACUCUAAAUCAUAACGUAACUAUUUUAGAAAGUUGUACCUAUAUGCAACAACCCCCUGGUGUUAUGACUUCCUUUGUUUUCUCCCUCUAUGUAAUCAUAACUCUCUUCAUGUUUUCUUAAACUAGCAGUUAGUAGCUGUAUGUUUGUUUUGACUUUUAAAAUUCCCCCAUUUGAUACAGCAUUUUUUAUUGGCAAAGGGUGGGUUUUUAUACUUAAAUUUCCCCAUAAGGGAGGGUGGGAUGGACAGGGAAUGAUGAGUUGUGCAUAAGCCAAUAAUGUUUCUGAUUUUUGAGUAUUGUUGAUAGUUUUUCUUUAUUUCUCUUUCCCCUUUCAGUCUUUUUUUUCCCUUUUUUUUCUCAUUGUAAAGUCAGCCAGAGAUGACAAACAGUUCUGAACAGCAGAAAUAAAUUCAAUAAACUGUUUAACCUA